UGACACUUGAACUCUGGAGGACUGACAGCUGUCCUCCAUGACAACAGAAGACACAGAAAUCCUCCUCAUUAAAAACAUGACUCUGAUCUGCGUCCUCAUCUGGACUCUCCUCUGCUGCUGCUUCACAGAGUCCAGAGGACAGACCACAGUGACUCAGUCUGGAGCAGUGAGCUCAGCUCUGGGAGGUUCUGUCACCAUCAGCUGUAAGACCAGUCACAAUGUUCAUGGAAACUACUUGUCGUGGUACCAACAGAAGGAUGGAGGAGUUCCUAAACUACUCAUUUACUCCGCCAGCACUAGAGAAUCAGGGAUUUCAGAUCGUUUUACAGGCAGAGGAUCAAACUCUGACUUCAGUCUGACCAUCAGUGGAGUCCAGACAGAAGAUGCUGCAGUUUAUUACUGUAUGGGUCAAUUCUACAUCAACAGUCAGUAUUUGUACACGUUCGGUGGAGGAACCAGACUGGAUGUUGGAAGUGAUGUCCGUCCCACCCUGACGGUGCUGCCCCCCUCCAGUGAGGAGCUGCAGCAGGGGAAGGCCACGCUCAUGUGUCUGGCCAACAAGGGCUUCCCCUCAGACUGGAGUCUGUCCUGGAAGGUGGACGGCAGCAGCAGCAGCAGCUGGGAGGAGAGCAGGAGCCCCGGGGUGCUGGAGAAGGACGGCCUCUACAGCUGGAGCAGCACCCUGAGGCUCCCUGCAGACCAGUGGAGGAAGGUGGUCUCUGUGAGCUGUGAGGCCACCCAGGGCUCCCAGACUCCAUUCUCAGAGACACUGAGGAGAGACCAGUGUUCCCAGUCCUGACUCACUCGCUGAGACUCAUACUGGUCUGACUUGGUCACUGCUUUCUUCUCUCUUUAACAAAUUCUCUCUCUGAUAUUGUCUUUUCUGUAUUAUUUGCGUGAUGUCAGCCUUGUGAUUUCAAAACCUGACAACAAUAAAAGUUUAUCA